AUGGAAUCAAUAAAUCGAUAUAUGGCAAUUAUAAUAAUAAUGUUGUUAAUGGUUUUCAAAAUGGUAAACAAAGUUAAUGCUUCCAUGUUAAAUGUAACCUGUGAUAAUGAACGUAACAAUAUAAUAGCUGGCCAAUCUGGAUCAAUCAUUCUAUUAAAAUGUUGUAGUGAAUAUUUUAUGUGUAAAUGUUUACAACAACAUUGCCGCCUGGAUAUGAAUAAUGAUGCUGAUGAUGUAUGGUGUAAGUUUAUUAGAAAAAAUCCAUGUCGAAUACAACCAAAAUGUUAUGAUAAACAUGUAGUCACUAUUGAUAAUAAUGGUAAUUCACCUGAAUGUGAAGCAUUCAAAUCAAAUUGGCGACAAUGGUUAUUGACAAUCAUCAUCUAUGGUUCAACAAUAGUUGCUACAGGAAUUAUUGUUCUUAUUUGUCUGGUUGGAUAUAAAAAAUGUAAAGCAAUUUAUAAAAUAAAAUAUAGUGAAAAAAAACGAAAACGACAACAACCACAACGAACAGAACUUCGAUUUACAUUGGCCACAACACCGAAUGUUGAUAGUGUAUUUGUUGUGGAUAAAUUAUCUAGAGUACAAUCUGGUUCACGUUCAUUUAGUGCUGGUACAGGAGGCAUUAGCAAGACUGUAAUUGGCAGUCAACGUAUAGUGCCGAAUCAGAAUGAACCAAGCAUUUCCGAUAAAGUAAUGAAUAACAACAUGACGACCACUGGUGGUGAAAGACAGCCAUAUUCAAUUUCAUAUAGUCGGAAUACCAUAACCAAAAAGAACAAUAGAGCAACAAAAUGUGGUCGAAAUCGAACAGAAAACAAAAAGAUAACUCGAAGUUUUCUAGUUAAAGCACUCAUGUGAUCACAAUGAAAUUUUGAAGUUUAUUUUUUAUCUUAUAGAUAGAGAUUGCCAUUAAAUUCAAUUCUAUUGUAUGAAUGAUAAAACAAUAUCCAUUAACUUAUAUAGAUGUGUUAACGGCGAGAACCAGAAUCUUGUAUGUAACGUCCACCACCAGCAUUGUUAUUUCCGGUAUUCGAUACGAUUUGACGAGCUUGAUUGACUGGCAAACGUGCACUUGCUUGGAUAGUAUCACGUUGAUAACAAUGGCUUCCAUCAUUAUGAA